AUGACCGCCCUCCACCCUCCCUGCCUCGGCCGUCCACGCGACCAACAUGUGGUCUCACUCUACGGCCGCCAUGUGAGCCUUGCAGGUGCACGAGCCCGCAGUGUCUGGAGGCCACGUGGAACAGGGUGUGUCUGUGGACGUCAGCACGGAAGGCAAGGUCGACGGCCCGCCCAAAAAGCAGUACAGGCAGCCAUCAACCCCAUGUUGGACCUGGUCAACACCUGCCUGGACCACCUGGGGGAGAGGAAUGACUGUCUCUCUGGCCGCCUCCAGGAGGGCUUGAAUCUAGCUGGCAGACACAUCUUGAGUUCCAGCCGCCACUCAGGGAGGCCCCAAUCGAUUGGCAGCCCCUAG